UCCGGUUUCAGCACCACGGCUAGCUCCUUCCCGCAUUGUCGUGAUUUAGGUCGUCCACCCCUCUGCUUGUUUUGCGGAGGCAACUUUUGACUAAAGGCUGUUGGAGUUGUGAUUUGAGAAAGCUUUAUGUUUUUUCUUUCCAUGUUUCGCAUUCGAGGUGGCUGACAGAAGGAGGACAUAGGGAAGAGGAUCUUCAUCACAACGCACUGAGAUGCAUUGAACAUCAUGCAGUGACGGCAUUUAUUAUUUACCUUUAUUUUAGUGCUCAGCUCUGCAACGAAGAUUGCAAGACGACAGAGGAAGAGGAAUAAGACCAUAGUGGAAAAGACAAUCUGCAUGUGAAAGUACUGGAUCUGGUGCUAUCGGAGGCAAGAGAUGCAGCCUACAAGCAAGCUUCUGAGUCUCACCCUCCUCGUCUUGAUGGGCACUGAACUCACCCAAGUGCUGCCAGCCAACCCGGAGGAGUCAUGGCAGGUGUACAGCUCAGCUCAGGACACAGAGGGCCGCUGUGUAUGCACCGUGGUGGCGCCUCAACAGACCAUGUGCUCGCGGGACGCCAGGACCAAACAGCUCCGGCAGCUGCUAGAAAAAGUCCAGAACAUGACCCAGUCUAUCCAGGUGCUGGACCAGCGGACCCAAAGAGACCUGCAAUACGUGGAGAGAAUGGAGGUCCAGCUGAAAGGUCUGGAGACCAAGUUUAAACAGGUGGAGGAGAACCACAAACAGAACAUUGCCAGGCAAUAUAAGGCAAUAAAAGCGAAAAUGGAGGAACUUAGACCAUUGAUACCAGUGUUGGAGGAGUACAAAGCUGAUGCAAAAUUGGUAUUGCAGUUUAAAGAGGAAAUCCAGAAUCUGACGUCUGUGCUAAAUGAACUCCAGGAGGAGAUUGGAACCUAUGACUACGAGGAGCUACAAAACAGAGUGUCAAAUCUUGAAGAGAGGCUUCGUGCGUGCAUGCAAAAAUUAGCAUGUGGGAAGCUGACAGGAAUCAGCGAUCCAAUCACAAUUAAGACGUCUGGAUCAAGGUUUGGAUCCUGGAUGACUGACCCCCUGGCACCUGAGGAUGACACUAGGGUGUGGUACAUGGACGGCUACCACAACAACCGAUUUGUGCGGGAGUACAUGUCCAUCUACGACUUUAUGAAUUCCGACAACUUCACGUCUCACCGCCUCCCCCACCCGUGGUCGGGCACGGGUCAGGUGGUCUACAACGGCUCCAUCUACUUCAACAAGUUCCAGAGCCACACCAUCAUCAAGUUUGACUUCAAGACCUCUGUCAUCAGCAAGUCACGCCAGCUGGACUAUGCCGGCUACAACAACAUGUACCACUACUCCUGGGGAGGCCACUCGGACAUCGACCUCAUGGUGGACGAGGGCGGGCUUUGGGCCGUCUAUGCCACCAAUCAGAACGCGGGGAACAUUGUCAUCAGCAAACUGAACCCCAACACCCUGCAGAUCGUCAAGAGCUGGACCACCAAUCACCCCAAGAGGAGCGCAGGAGAGGCCUUCAUGAUCUGUGGUACGCUAUAUGUCACCAAUGGCUACUCCGGUGGGACCAAGGUGUACUAUGCCUUCAGCACCAACUCAUCCACCUACGAGUACAUUGACAUACCGUUCCAGAAUAAGUACUCUCACAUCUCCAUGCUGGACUAUAACCCUAAAGACAGAGCGCUGUAUGCGUGGAAUAAUGGUCACCAGGUGCUGUACAAUGUUACCUUGUUCCACGUCAUUCGCUCCGAGCAGGAGCAGUAGAUAGCUAGCCAUGCUGUGACCUUCUAAUUCUACGGCAGACCUGGGUUCAAAUACUAUUUGAUUACGUUCAAAUAUUUUUUAGCAUUUGCUUUAGCCUGCUUGGAGUGUAAGAUGGGUGGGGUUUGUAGUUUUGCAACAGUUACGUUGGAUCCAUUGCACCAGGCAAGCUCAAUCAAACUUGGCUAGAUCAACUGAAUUUGAACACAGGUCUGGUCCACAGAAUAUUUCAAAUGUACGCAGAUGGAAAUGUACGCAGAUGUGCAGAUGUAAUCGCAGGCGCAGCGAAUUACUAAGUGCUUCUAGCUCAGGGUUUCCCAAACUAGGUCCUCAGGACCCUAAGGGUUACACAUUUUGGUUUUUGCCCUAGCACUACAAAGCUGAUUCGAAUAAUCAACUAAUCAUCCGAUUUGAUCAUUUGAAUCAGCUGUGUAGUGUUAGGGCAAAAAACAAAACCUGCACCUCUUGGGGUCCAGAGGACUUGAGUUUGGGAAACGCUGUGUAACGCCAACAGUGUAGUAAUAUUUAGCAAUAAAAUAAAAAAAAUCACACAUAAUCCAGAAACAUUUAAAUACAUGAAGAAAUUAAGAAACAUGAGAACGAGCAAUGUCAGAGACCGGAAUAUAAAUAUAUAUACAUAUAAUGGUGUCUAAAGACAGUACGGGCAGUAUAUGAAUAGAAAACGUGUGUACAGCAGUAGUUAUAUAGGAUGAGCCAUGACUAGAAUACAGUAUAUACAUAUAAAGUGGGUAGAACAGUAUGUAAACAUUAUUAAAGUGACCAAUGUUCAAUGACUGUAUGUACAUAGGGGCUGUAGUCUCUAAGGUGCAGGGUAGAGUACUGUGGAAGUAGAGAAGUAUCCUGUAUGUUACUCAGUAACAAGAAAUAAAGUACAUCAUGAUAUAUAAUGUGUAGAAGGUAUAGAAACAGAAUGUAAGAACAGGUACCGAAAAGGUAAUGCCUUUCUUGAUUUUCGAUGACUUCAAAAGUCUUAUAUUGAUUGUGUUUUUAUGGAAUUACCCACUCUUGACUUCUUUCAUCACAGAGGAAUAGCGCAGGCUAAUGUAUCGUAGUGUAGAAUUGAAUUACUCUAGAAGCUGAAGGGAUAUGAAAUCCUGGGCCUUGUUUAUCAGACUAUAUUAAACCAAACUGUGGGACACAACACACAAUCAUGACCACUUUCCCCAGGCGGGUGCUACUCAUUGGUGGUGACUGAGGUCACGUUUCCCCUAAACAUCUGGAAGAGCUCUAUAUAACAAUACAUUUAUGUAUGAGAGUGAAUUAAUUCAGUAAUUAUAAUUACUGGAUCAGAUAAUAAAGGUUGUCAAAUGGAGCAGCCAUUUACCAUGUAACUCGAUACCUGCAUCUUUAAAGGUGGAGAGAGACUAGUGUAGUGAUCAUCGUAACGCAGUGCCAUGUUUCUUUUUUUGUUGAAUUUUUACCCCGUUUUCUCCCCAAUUCUUCGUGGUAUCCAAUUGUUUUAGUAGCUACUAUCUUGUCUCAUCGCUACAACUCCCGUAAUGCCUCGGGAGAGAUGAAG